UUAUUUAUGGUCUGUCUACUGCCUAAAACUUUUCUCCCCCAAAACCUAAACAUUAAAGUUUUGCCAUCCCAAAAUCAUAAACUAUAUCGCCAUGCGCAGUCAUUCGUCCUCUCCAUACAUUAUAUCUUCUAGUGAGAGUUUCUGUGAUGAAGAAGAUGAUGAUUCAACCCUACUUUCACUUGGCCCUCCAGGCCAAAAGUACCACAACAUAUACCAUGACUAUAACCAGACCCAGAGCUUCCAAAACAGAAAUGAAAUUGGAGUAACAGUGGCUCUUCAUAUUGGUCCACCAAAUAGUAAUUCAGGAACCACUUCUUCCGGAAACCCUACUGAAAUGGGGAGACAUGCUGAAGGGCAGUAUUGGAUUCCCACACCGGCCCAAAUCCUUGUUGGUCCGACCCAGUUUUCUUGCUCCGUCUGCCAAAAGACUUUCAACAGAUAUAACAACAUGCAGAUGCAUAUGUGGGGGCAUGGAUCAGAAUACAGAAAGGGCCCGGAAUCACUUAGAGGAACAAAAGCAGCCUCCUCUAUACUGAGAUUGCCUUGCUAUUGCUGUGCUGAGGGUUGCAAGAACAACAUAGAGCACCCAAGUUCAAAGCCAUUGAAGGAUUUUAGGACACUCCAAACACACUACAAACGAAAGCACGGUUCGAAGCCUUUUGGAUGCCGAAAAUGCAAGAAACCAUUCGCCGUCCGGGGCGAUUGGAGGACCCAUGAGAAGAAUUGUGGGAAGCUGUGGUUUUGCAUCUGUGGUUCUGAUUUCAAGCACAAAAGAUCACUCAAAGAUCAUGUCCGUUCAUUUGGAGAUGGCCAUGCACCGCAUAGUGACAACCUCUACUCCUAUGUUCAUGAGGGUGAAGAAGAAGAGGACGAAGAAGGUAAUGAUGAAGAAUAUAGAAAUGGAGGAUAUGUUCCUGCAGGUUUGAAUUGAAAUUCAACCAUGUGAAAAAAAUUAACCCUUUGUUUUCAAUUUACAACUUGGAUUUAUUAGUAACUGCUUGGCUUUUGUGCGUGUUUCUGAGAGAGAGACAAUGGAAGAAGACAAAUAGUACAGUGAAAGCCAUGGUUCUAUGCAUUAAUAUUUCAAGUGCCAGUUUAAU